AUGGAUAUAUCUGUUUUACAGUGCACAUCCUUUAUUCCUGAAGCUCAAGUGGUGCUUGACUUGGUCAACCAAUGCCCAAAGCAGGUCCAGAAGGGAAAGUUCCCAGUCAUUGUCAUAGAAGGUCUGGAUGCCACUGGUAAAACCACAGUGACCCAGUCUGUUGCGGAUUCACUGAAGGCUGUCCUCUUAAAGUCACCACCACCUUCUGUUGCCCGUUGGAGAGAAAUCUUUGAUGAUGAACCAACUAUCAUAAGAAGAGCUUUUUACUCUUUGGGCAAUUAUAUUGUGGCUUCUGAAAUAGCUAAAGAAUCCACCCAAUCUCCUGUGAUUGUUGACAGGUACUGGCACAGCACAGCCACUUAUGCCCUUGCCACUGAAAUCAGUGGUGGUCUCCAGUACCUACCCCCAGCCCAUCAUCAUAUAUACCAGUGGCCCAAGGACCUGCUCAAACCCGACCUUGUCUUGCUACUCACUGUGAGUCCUGAGGAGAGAGUGCAGAGGAUUGCAGGCCGGGGACUGGAGAAGACCAGAGAAGAAGCGGAACUUGAGGCGAACAAAGUAUUUCGUCAAAAGGUGGAAUUGUCCUAUCAGCAGAUGGAGAACCCCAGGUGUCACGUGGUCGAUGCCAGCCCACGUAGAGAAAAGGUCCUCCAGACCGUUGUAAGCCUCAUCAGAAACAACUGUGAUCAAUUGUAGUCACCCAGGAAGGUGACGUGUUUUACUAGAUGAGACGUUCAGCACAUCUAAACCCACAAAUUGUUAUACACCUUUUCAAGAUUCCAUGUGCAGAGGCAUGUGUGGGGCAGAAAAUUGGAAACCAGUUAUUUUCAUUUUACCUAAGCCAUUGUACUCUUUUCUGACCGUUGGAUGCACUGAGUUUGAGAUAGGCCGUGUCCCUGUGACGCAGUGGCGGUGGCUGGUGGCAGUGGUUGUUUUUAAACUUUUUCUUGGAGCAUGUUUGAAACUUCAUCACUACCAAGUCCCCUGCAGGUUUAUCUUAUUUAUAAAACAUCGUGAGUGGGGGAAGAUCUUCCAAUUCAACCGGAAGUCCCUCUACUCGUUCUCGUUUCCACACCCAGGCAAGGUGAUGACCUUCUGAUGUGACCCAUGUUACCUCUGUCGAUUAUGUUUGCACUUUGUUGUUGCAGGCAAUGUAGAGCUGAAUAAAGAAAUGUCAAACAAAAUCCUUCGCAUUCAGACACAUCAGCUUUUUUGAAUUGUAUUUUGUUUAUUUCUAUUCCUUCCCUUUCGUCUCUAAAUAUGUCUCUGAACUUAAUGAAUGUUUUGUACUGAAUUGAAUGUAUUCAGCUUAAGUAAUCCAGCAAUAUAUUUAUAUUGAUGUUUAUCUUUUUCCUCAGAAUAGAGAUGAUGAUUCGCUAAUUAAAAUUGAAGCCAAGAAGCUAACCUCAAUGUUUGUUUUGUGUUUUUAGUACACAGAUUUAAUUUUUCUUGAUAAGUAAGUACAGUGGAUCCUGUAAUGUUCUCUAUCAGUAAAUUUUCACUUUCCUAUC